AUGAAGCGCGGACUGCCACUUAUUCACUUGUUAAUGACGUUUGGCCUCAUCAAUGGAUCACCUUUCCAGUACAGCAUGUUUCAGAACAACGCAUAUUCUGGCACCGAAACACGACAGAGAAAUAAAAACUGGUGCGCCUACGUAGUGCACAAGAACGUGAGCUGCGCCGUCGUGGGAGGCACGGAGAGUUUCGCGCAGCCAGAGGUUUUACCGUGUCCACCGGAGCUGCCAAACUGUGCGCAACAAGUGAUAUAUCGGACACACUUCAGGCCCACAUAUAAGAUUGCAUACAAAACUGUAACAGAGCUGGAGUGGAGGUGCUGCCCGGGGUACCAGGGCCACAACUGCAGGGAGGUGAAAGACCUAAAGCUAAUCCAAGUAGAGCGUUUGCCUCAUGCGCCCUCUGCCACUGGACAUAUUCCUGUCCCACAAGCUCCAGAACAGAGAACAGAGGGCCAGAGAAACCACCCAUGGGCAGGAGAAGGGCAGUUUGGAGGUCAGACAGGUCACAGGCCACUAAGAGGUCACGGAGGCUCUCAAAGUGCACAACACCUGGAGGAGGAGGUGCAGCGACUGUCCCAGAUGGUCCUUGACAUGCAAGCAAGAAUGACAGACAUGACCUCCAAUCUGAGACUGGAUUUCCAGGAGGACGCCAGUAAAAUGUUUGUUACGCUGCUGAAUAAUUUCAGACAGCCUGUCGGUGCACGAGGCGCAGAAACCGAAACCAUUCAGGUGCAGGACUUUCCCUUUGACCAUGAGACAACACCGAUGGACGAAGUUAUGAACAAGAUCAGCCAGGUCACAGACGAUCUAGAGUCCAAGACUAAUACCCUGGAUGAGCUGCUGAACCGUGUCAACCGUCAUGAUGGACAGAUUCGUCUGCUAAUGGAGGCUGCCCAGAAUCCACUGUCCACGCCUUCUCCUGCUCCACCAACUGGUGAUGCAGUCCUACUUGCCUAUCUGGACAAUAAGAUCCGCGCUCUGAGAGAGGAGUUGAUGGAGGGCAUGGAAAUCAAACUGGCAGACUUGAAGAACUCUUGCGAUUAUAAAAUCUUGUCAGUUCAGGAGCAGUGUGAGGGACAAGAGGCCAAUUACCUCAGCCUGGCCGAGCUCAUGGACUCAAAGGAAACUGACCUCCGUAACGAGAUCCAGGACCUGAAGACCAAGCUGGUUGAUCCAGGAAAAGAAGGCACCCAGGUAUCUGACUCUGUUCUCACUCGCAUGGAAAACAUGGAGAUGCGUCUGAACUCAUCUGAGAAGACUAUGGCGAGGCAGUGCUUCUCUGUUGAGGAGAAACUGAAGAAAGAACGGGCAGAGGCCAUCAAAGACCUGAGGAAGACCCUGGAGGACAAGCUGGCCUCCAUGGAAGAUAGACUCACCACUCUGUUGGCAGAUACAAGCACCAACUCCCAAUCUGGAGUUCAGCCAGAGAGUCCGGAUGUGCUGCAGAAGGAUGUUAACUCUCUAAAGGGAUCUGUUGAAAGUUUGGAGGAUAGACUCAAUGUCUUGGACCAGCUGUGCUCAAAGGAGCACAAGUCUAAUUCAACUGUUGUUGAAAACCUUCAGCAAGACUUCCAGACCUGCAAAACUGCUAUUGGUGCUAUGGAAACUAGUCUUAAAGCUCAGAAAGAUGCCCUUGGAGCAAUGGAGGGGCAACUCCUCAACUACAGCACUAGCAUUGAGAAUGUACACAGUGAGCUGACUUCCAUGAAAGGCCGCAGGGGCAGGUUGGGGGACUCGCUAUCAGAUGUAGUCCACCGGCACUCUCAGACUUUGCAGAGCCUUAACUCUGCCUGGGGUCAAGUUAAGUCAGGGGCUGAGCAGGAGGCCAAGGACCUUUUGGAGCUCCACAGAAGGCAGCAUCAGGAGCUGAGGCAGCAGCUGGAUGAGCUGGGCAAGGAGGUGAGAGCCGAGGCCGACGAGUGCACGAAAAAAAACGAAGACGUCGGGAAGGAGAUUGCCCACAUGGACAGCCGCAUUGUUAGUGUGGAGAAUUUAUGUGGUAAGCUGGAUCCUAUCUCCAGUAGCCUCCAGAGAAUUAAAGAGGGACUGAAUAAACACGUCACUGGGCUGUGGACUUGUGUCAACCAGCUGAAUGGCACUGUUAGAGCUCAUGCCCGAGACAUUGGAGGACUGAAGGGAACUUGUCAGAACCUCCAGAACAACAUCGCCAACGUAGCCACAGACCUUCAGGUGUUGACGGACAGCUAUUCUGGGAAGACAGGUGUUCAGGUUGCAGUGGAGGACGCAGGACUUCCCAAGGGUUCAAGUAAGAGCCUCGCAGUGCCAUUGGGCCCCAUAGAGGCCUCUAUCCCUCAGCCCCCUGUGAUGGAGACCGGAGAGGCGGGUCCCCCCGGCAAGAUGACCUCGUCCAAGUUGCCUAAGGGGACCAGCGGCAGCAUGAUGCCUGUUCAGGGCUUUGCUGGAGCUCCAGCUUCUCCGGUCAAAUCCACUGACUCCUCAGUAAAGACCAGCAUGCCGCUCAUCUCAGAUGCGAACACAACUCAGGGACCGUCACUCCAGAAACCCUCCAUGGAUUUAGGUGAGAAGGUGUCGUUCUCAGCCGGUCUGACUCUUCCACCGUUCCAAGGGGAAGUUGGGAUUAUUCGAUUCAACAAGGUGCUGAUCAAUGAUGGAGGACACUACGACCCUCAUACAGGGAUCUUCACAGCUCCCACAGAUGGCCGCUACCUGGUGAGCGCAGUGCUCGCAGCUGAGCGAGGUGAGAAGGUCGAAGCGGUCCUCUCAGUGUCCAACCGCAGCAUCCAGAGGCUGGAUUCAACAGGUUUCUUGUCUGGACCAGCAGCAGCAGCAGCAGCAGCAGCAGCAGCAGCGCCACAUGGACUAUGUAACUGCAGCAGUUCAACCUCACUGAGCCUGGUUCUCCCACUGACGCGAGGAGACCGAGCUGGACUCGUCCUGACGGCCGGAAAGCUCGCCAUCCCAGCCUCCUCCUCUGAGAUCCUGUCGUCUUUCAGCGCGGUGCUUCUUUACCCCAGCCCAUCAAAACGGUAGCUACUGACACACUCAGAGACAACUGAUACCUUAUAUAUGCAGAUUAUGGUGUGCAUUACUGUGGAUACACUAAGGCUGAUUGUGAUGUUUUAUUAUGAGGAGGAGGGACAAAUUUACCAACAACAAAAACAGGAGAAAAUCCAGAGAUU